AUGAAUGCUACUCCUACACAGCCACCAAUCCUACCACCCAUCCAGAGACUCCAACCCAGUCCCAAGCUGAUGAGCGGAGCGUCUCCCGAUGCCCCCGUCCGCGUACCUGUCAAAAGCAUGACGCCUGAACAAGAAGAUCGCAGGCGGCGGGAGGAUGAAAUGGCGGCAGCGGCCGCGGGAAAGGGUAGCCAGGGGGCCGGUGGGUAUAUUUGGGGCCAAGUUUUGGUUCCAGGAGAGGGAGAGGGCCAAAUGCGUCCUUAUUCUUCUUCUGAUGAGACGAAAAAGCAGCUUGUGGAUUCUGGGAUCCGGCUACAGGUUGGACUUGGUCAGCAGCCUCAAUCUCAGCCUCGCCCACAGCCAGAACUGCAACAACCGCCACCCCAGCAGCGGCAGCAGCAACAGUAA